UAGGGUGUCAGGAUGUUGUGAGUAAGACAGUAUCAGUGAUUUGAACCAAUUUCUGUUGACACACAGGACAGUUCAUAAAGCAGAAUGAAACUUCUAAGGCAGAAUUAUCUGGGGUUAUUCAACUAUUGACAAUUAUACCAAGAAAACCAGGUCUAUAAAUCAUAUAACUUUUCAACUUUGUAUUAAAACCAUCUUCCUGCAGGCAGAAGACAUGUAACCUUCCGAGCCAGCAAGUGUAAUGAGUUCCUCUGGACAAGACCAACAUGAAAGUAAUUCUGAAAGAACCAGUGCACAUACAAGAAGUGCGGAAUUACAGCUGCGCUGCACCUACCCAAAUGAAAGGCGAGAAAGGAAUCAAAUUUACACUCUUCUGAACAUCAGCAACAGCAUCAAUGAGGAAGAGGAACGGGUUAACCCCGAAUGGGUUAACGGGACAGGAUGGGAGGAUGCUGUCCAGGGCUGGAGCAAAACACCUUCCUUUGCAUAUCUUCAAGUACAAAAGAGAGCCAGAAAAACGAAGGCCAGCGAGUCUGCCAGUGGGUGCCUGUACUGUGCAGAUCUGAUGCAAGGUAUUGACAAAGGGCUGGAGAGCCAUGCCAGGACUGCAGAGCAACUGAAAUCCAAUUUCAGAUUAACUACAUACGCUGCUACAGACAGUGUUGCCGGAAAAAAACAGAGUCUUUGUCCUAGUGCGACUGCAAAUUCUUCAUCAACAGACGAUCCUAAAAAAUGCUCUAGUCAAGGAGACAAGAAAAAAAUGACCUUAAAAGAAGCUCAGGCUUCUUUGAUUGAAAGGAGGUUUUUUGUAAUGAAGGAAAGCUCCCUGUUCCAGGCUGACAAGAAAACGGUGCCAAUCAAGGAGUAUAGUAUACUCCCUCCAGGAAAGCCUAAAAGUUUAGAAACUCUAAAAUGCAAAGACAUAAAAAGCCAGGAGCAGCCUUCUACAAGUAGUCAAACUUCUGAAGCGACUGCUCUUAAGUCGCCAUUGGUACUGCCACCUCUGAAAGAUGCUGCUCCCAAGAACGGCCUGGAUCCUUCAUCAAGGAAAAGACAGACAGCUCUUUCUCAGGCAAGUGAAAAACCACUUUCAGAGACAACUUCCCAUACUCAGGUGUUUAAAACAAAAGAACAGAACUUUGAAAAAGGGAUCCACACCAUGUACGAUGCCCUGAAGGAACAAAUACAGAUGCACGAGAUAGCCUCUUUUGUCCCAAGGCUUGCCAAGACUUCGUUCCACUCAAGAAAUCUGGAUCAGUGCUACUGGCACUAUACUCUUUUCCCAGAUAAAAAGAUUGGACCCAUGUCUAAUGCAAUUGCAGGGCGAAGACACAGCCACCCAAACAGUGUGCAUUUUCUGCAUACAAAGGCAGCGCAAACCAGCAAGGCCAAUGGGAUUCAAGACCCUUGUGUCAGAAGCAGGAGUCACACUGGAGCCAAACAGCAAAAAGAGUCAAAAGCCCACGAGAUCCCACUGCUUUCUGGACUAUUCCCUUCCUUAACGGUCAGCCGUCUUGCAGUAACUGCAUUGCCUUCUAGGCUGACUUGACUUUAGCUGUAAUUUCAUGUUGAACUGUUUAUAUGUGGCUUUGUGGCCUUGUAUGAGAAAAAUACUUAAAUUUUAUUCUACUUAUUAAUUUUAACAUGUUGUUUUUUCUUAAGAUAAAGAGCCACGUUACUAAUUUCUGUAAAUAAUUUAUGUCCUUUUUAUUGCUUCUGAAAAAUCUAAUAAUGGUUUCAGUUAAUCCUUAAAUUUAUUUUGUUGGGUCCAGAGACUCUUUGAAACACAAUACCGGCAUGCAAUCUACGUUUAGCAAAAGCUUCAUUUCUUUAAAAGCAUUCCAGCUCAAUUCCUGUUUAGGAAAUCUCAAGUUGUGUCAGCCUUAUAGUUCUCACUGACCCAUCUAUUUGGGAAACAUUAAGACAGGCCCAUUAUGGCUAUGCAGUUUCUCUCUUGCAGGACUAUGUGUGCACCAAACCCAAGAACAGGGGAAGCAUUCACACAUGUUCCAAGUCUCUCUGAUGGACAAAGGACAUGGACACCUUGACUUGUUCAAGUGUGAACACACAGCUUCCAGCCUCUUGUCCAGCUUCUGGCAGACCCUACCAUAUGGUUUGUGAGCUGUAUUCAGCAUGGCGUGCCAUAAGUUGUACAGACCUGGCCUAAGCGCUUCAGCAAAUAGAAAAUAAUCAUACAUAACUGGCAGCACAAUCUCUAACCCAGUGAUGUGUGGGUGAACAUAGUUGUAUUGCUCUCCACUGCCAUCCAAUUUCAACACUUUUAAAUACUGUGAAAAGUUUAUUUUUUGAAAAUUUUAAAAGUGUGAAUAUGCAAGUUUAUGAGUAAACAGAACUAAUAUUUGGUUGUUGUUUUUCCUUUGUAGAUGAUAUAUACUUUUCAGUUUGUUCAUGUUAGGACUUUCCUUCCUUGCCAAACUGAUAAACUCACAUGGCUGUAUAAUCCAGAUAGCUCAAAUAAAAUACUUUUCUAU